GUCAUGGCUCACUUCAAGCAAUUAAAAACAAAUCUCUCACAGUGUGGAUAUAACCAUCACUGGAAAUUAAUAAAGAAUACACAGCUACCUACCUUACAGUUUGAGGAACCUGUAGAUAAAAUCACUUGUCAAAUCAAAAAGAUAUCGUGUCAAAACAUUGACUUGAUUGUUCCCUCCAAGGAUAGAACACAAGAUCAGCAAAUGCAGCUUGAGAAAUUUUUCAAUAUCAUUGGCACUAAAAUCACCAAGGAUACCAUCGUUAAAAAAUCCAGCCGUCAAACACUGUUUACAGUAGACGACAUGUCAGACAAAUUCGAAAGGGAUGACGACAAAAGAGCUUUUCGUAUUCAAGAGUUUAUAAAGACCGAAAGAUCCUACGUGGAAACAUUACAAACAUUAGUCAAAUAUGUCGUACAUCCAUUAAAAUCAAUUAUGCAACAAAAACAUUGUAUUCUUAAUACAUACAAAUGUACUAAAAUAUUCCUAAAUAUCGAUCAAAUCGCAUCAGCUAAUCAACAGUUUUUGGACGACUUGGAACACAAUCAUGAAAGCUUUGGCGACAUCUGUCGGGAGCACAUGCAACACUUUGAAUGCUAUCGUAAAUACUUGCUGGAACAAGGAGAAGCCCAAAAUUUACACGCAAAGGAAGUGAAGAGCAAUCAAGCUUAUAGACGAUUCUUAAUGAACGUGAAUGAUCAUCCUGAAUUUAAACGAAGGAGACUACAAGAUAUUCUUGUCGAACCCGUACAGCGCAUCAGUCGAUAUUCAAUGAUGCUCAGAGAGAUACUUAAUUUAACCCCAAAGGAUCAUCCAGACUAUCAGGGAUUAAAACAAGCUUGUGAAAAAUCAAAGGUUAUUGCUACUAUGGAUGAUGAUGAUACCACUAAAGCAGCCACCAUGCUCUUAGCUUUAUACCAAACUAUCAAGGAAUCGCCCUGCUCCUUAAUUAACCAAAAUAGAUCCUUGGUCGCGCAUUUGGACGCAUUAGAGAUCAACCCCGAGACAAACAAGCCGUUGAGAGCAGUCACCCUCUUCUUGUUUACAGACAAGAUACUUGUCGCAAGCCGUUCUUCACUUGAUUCGAAAGAAAUGGACCUUGAAGAAAUCGUUGACACUAUGAUACCCACAAAGAAUGCUCGCUUCUCUAGAUUGCCCUCUAAAAAAGAAAACUCACUAAAAUUCAAAGGAUGGGCUGACCUUGAAUGUAUCGAGUGUUUUGAAGGUGUUUUAGACCGUCCUGGUUCAUUCAUUCUCUCAGCAUCUAACAUGGAAGAGGCCCAGCAACAUGAAAUGACAAAUAUUACCUCAUUCGAACACUAUUUUUACAGAGGCCCCAGGUUAUUUUCGGUCAUUCCUCAAAAAGAAUGUCUAACAAGGCAACAAAAACAUGACUACAUUCAAAAGGGGUUAGAGUUCCAAGCAAUCUAUCAAAAGACAAGAGCACUGGCAAAAGAAUAUGAUUCUAGUAACGCGACAUAUUAUAGAACUUGGAAAGAGAUACCCACCUUUUGCAGUGUUUACAGUCCGGAAACAUACGUCAAGGCAAGGUAUAAGAACAACAGCGCGCUUGUUUACGUGGACACCCGUGAUAUCUCCUUAGAAUCGCUCUUUCCGGCCUUCUCUCCGUAUACACCUUGGAUUGUCGGACUUAUUCAGCCUGAAGGUCUCAAAGGCUUUCGUCUUCACCUGAGCACGCUAACUGGCUUUGCGGAAAAGUGGCAUCAUUUAUCUGAACCUGAAGAUCAGCAGACGAUUGACUUUGAACGCGUCUUUUGGAAUAACCUGCUCUUUUUGAAUCAAUGUUUACAGUUAUCUCAAGAACACGCUUACCGAAUCAGGUUCCUGAUGCAACAGGCACUAUCCACGAGUUCUACACUGUCUCGACCUAAAUCAAUGUCUAUUUCCCGAGCAACGAGUAUUCCUGCUCUUGGUAAACUGUUUAAUAACAAUGAAGAGCUCCGGUCUAGUAGGAAAAGGGAUUCACAGGCCAGGCCUUUGUCCUCUCCAAAGCAGACAACCAGAUCCAAUGCUAAUUCCUUGAACGACGCAUCAGUUCAGCAGCUUAGUAAUAAUCAAAAUUCGUCAUUGACCUCCCUUACCUCUUUGUUUUCAUCGAAAUCUUCAGAUGAUGAAAAAGCGAACGAAAUCGAAAAGGGCAAGAAUGCCACUUGUGACGAUUUGUUACUUGAUAUGGUAAUCUCGUAACUUUCCUUUAACGACUGCUGACUUAUUAAAAAAAGAUACAGGAAAGAAAUGAUCGAGCACAGCAAGUACACUUCCUGGACGAAGAUGAAAAAAAUAAUACCUUUUCUUCAAGAGGUAGUAGUAGCAGCAUGGCUAGUUCAUUUAGUAUGAUUGACGAUGAAGAGGAGAAUGAAUUGGAUAAUGAGCCUUAUUGUCAUUUACCUGUUGCUAAAGUCAAUACAAACCCCUAUGAAAGUUUAGAUAACGUAUUAAAGUUGAUGCAAGGAUUUGAAGAUGAAAUGCAACAAGAGUGGCAACUGCUGAUGCACAAGUAUUAGUUGCUUAGGAAUAUGAUAAAAAGUCAAAAGUAAUCUAGACAAUGUUCAAUUUUUAGAUGACAAGCAGUUCUAUAGAAACUGCAUCUAUUAAAGUAUAUCCAUAUCACUUUACCAUAUUCCCC